GUCAGUACUCUAGCCAUUAGUCUUGCAUUCAUUCUUUUAACUGCAACACCUUUUGAGUUUGACUACAACAACCUAUUUUGCGUAUUAUGUGUAAAUAUAAAAAAUAUAUUUAUAAGAUAAUUUGGCAAAUUUUACCUUAGGCCAGUAAAAAGUAGAUUGAUGACAUAUAUGAUUGUGGUGUUAUGGAUACAGAUCCUGCUCAGGAUGCUUCUAAUCAGGAUGAGGAGGACACAGACGACAUUAAAAAGUCACUACCUGUUGACAUGUACUACGAUUAUGAAGAGCUUUACUCCAAGCCCUUCAUCACACCGGAGUCGGAACUACCCGAGAACCUCAUCCUCCUCUCGCACUCGUUUGGCUACGACUGUCAGCGCAGAGAAAACCUGCAGCUGCUGGACGAUACAACACUGAUCUAUAUAGCCGGUCAGCUGCUCAUCCUGCUGGAUGUUUCCACCAGGCAGCAGAGAUACCUGCGCUCCUGCAGUGGUGGAGGAAUCGGCGCAAUCGGGGUAAACCCAAGCAGAGAGUAUUUUGCUGUGGCAGAGAAGGGAGUCAAGCCCCUCUUGAUAGUAUAUGAAUACCCUUCAAUAAAAACAUACCGCAUCCUCAGAGAUGGUACGGAUCUUGCGUUCAGCUCUGUCAACUUUAACAUUGACGGUAGUCUCCUGGCCAGCCUGGGCAGUGCACCUGACUACAUGUUGACAGUGUGGAACUGGAGGCAAGAGGAAGUGAUGCUCAGGUGCAAAGCCAUUUCUCAGGAGGUCUACAAAGUCAGCUUCUCCCCGUACAACCCUGGACUACUGACGUCAUCAGGAUCGGGACACAUCAAGUUCUGGAAAAUGGCCAGCACGUUUACAGGUCUGAAGCUGGAGGGGCUUAUUGGCCAUUUUGGAAAAACUGCAGCUACUGAUAUUGAUGGCUACAUAGAACUUCCAGAUGGAAAGGUGGUCUCUGGCUCAAACUGGGGAAACCUGCUGCUGUGGGAUGGAAACGCCAUCAAAGUGGAGCUCUGCAGCAUCGGAGGAAAAAACUGCCACACAGGAGUUAUCCAGCCCUUUUCCUUGGAGGAUGGACUGCUGAUGACUAUUGGCUCUGACGGAGCGAUCCGGAGCUGGGAUUUUGAGACCAUUGACAGCGCUGACAGUAGCAGCGAGAACAGCAAGUUUGAGAUGGAAGCCAUAAAUGAGUUGGUGGUGGGACACCAUGUCUGCUUGUCCUCGAUAGUGAAAAGCUCCAAACCUGACUCUACUAUGUGGUUUGCUCAGGACUCCAAUGGGGCCAUUUGGAAACUGGAUCUUUCUUUCACGUACUCGACUCCUGAUCCCGAGUGCCUGUCUUACUUCCAUGCCGGGCCAAUUAAGGGUCUGGAUGUGUCAAAGAAAAGUCAUCUUAUGGCUACAACUGCUCUGGAUCAUUCUGUCAGGGUCUUCGACUUUCUGGCAAAAAAAGAAGUCACCUGCAGCCGCUUCAAUCAGGGUGGAACUGCUCUCCACUGGGCCCCCCCUUUGGUCAACGAGACAGGAAGUUUGCUGGUGACCGGCUUUGAAGAUGGGGUGAUCCGCUUACUGGAGCUUUUUGACCCCUCGGGUCUGCAAAUAGUAACCAGGCACAAAGCGAAUGGCCAGCUGCGGCUCAAACAGGCCUUCAAACCUCACGAUGCUCCUGUAACUGCUGUUGCAUAUGAGUGCAAUGGAACAAUGUUAGCCACAGCGAGCUCAGACUGCACUGUGUUCUUCUUCACUGUCGGGGAAAAGUAUGAGCCAAUCGGAUUCAUCUCCGUUCCGGCACCAGUAGUGCUACUGGCGCCGUCGCCUCAAUCCCAGAGUGAAAAUCGUUUGCUCAUCCUGUGUCAAAGUGGUCAUGUUGUGGAGGUCCCCUAUCCUGAUCCAAAAACCUGCAAACCAACUAAAUCCUACGAACUGCUUGAACUGCCCAGAAAAUCAUUCUGCUUUCGGAGCAUCAAAUCUCGAAUCAAGAGAGAGGAGGAAAUCGCAAGGCGACAAGCUUUGAAGGAGAAGCUCGAGAAAGAGCGAAAGGAAAAAGAGAUCAAAGAUGAAGAGGAGGAGGAGGAGGAACCCGAGCCGUUGCCCCCUAUAUACAUCCCCGCCCCUCCUUGUCCUCUCUACUGCGGGUUCUAUUCCCAGCCUGGGCAGUUCUGGCUCUCAAUGGGUGAAUAUGACUCAGGCUUCUUAUACCACUGUAAGUUUUCUGAGAAUCAGGAUGAGGACCCUGUCAAACGUAAGGAUGAGCCUUUUGAGUUUGUGGUUGUCCAUUGCACAGACGAUGACUCCAUAUGCUCUGUCAUAUUCAGCUCCAACAGGCAGCUGAUGCUUUGUGGCAUGUGCUCAGGCGCCAUCAGAGUUUAUUCCCUGGAACCUGAUGACCACUCCCUCACCUCCAUGCAGGCGUACUGGGAACUGAGCUUUCACGACAGCAAUUACGGACACGUGCGGAACAUUCGCUGCAGCCAUGACGACCAUUUUGUAUUGACAGCAGGCGAUGACGGGAACAUCUUCUCCUUCAGCCUGCUUCAGCAUGACGAGAUGCCGAAAAAAAAGGCUACGGUUCCCUUACCACGGGUGGGUCUUGAGAAUGAGGUGCUAGCUAAAGACAUUGACGACCCAACAACCUACAGCAUAGAGACUGCCAAACAGAAGCUGGAGAAAGAUCGCCAGAGACGAGAAGCUGCAAAGAAGAUAGCAGCUAAACGAAAGAGGCUUGUUGAGAUCCAGAACAUGUUUAAGAUGCUACUGAACGACAACCUGGGCCUGCCGGAGCAUGUUGGACUGACUCCUGAGGAAAUGCUACUGGACCAACGUUUUGAAGAGCAGGCUGAGAUGGAGAAAACCCGGCGACUGGAGGAAGUCCAAUUCCAGAUGAGCUGGGAAGAGGAGCACUCCCAUUUAGCACUGAACAAACUACAGGACUGGUUCAAUGGCUACACAGAUCCUGACGUCGUCACCGUGUUUGCCAUCCGCACAAACCACAAAGUCUCCACCUACCAUAUUUUAGCACUUUCAUCAACCCAACCUCAACAGCAGACCACAUCCAGCGAGUUUGAUGUACAUGGAACCCCUCUAGUUGAACGCAGAAAGCCCAGAGACCAGCCUGCAAAAGACAGUAGCAGUGAAACAGAUGAGGAAGAUGUAGCUCACGCCCAGGCACCUCGUCCUGCCGCACAAGAUCGGCAAGUUGAGAGGCUGCAAAAGGCUACAGAGAAAGCUGAACAAGCCCGAGCCAAAAUUGCAAAGAGGAAGCAAGAAUGGGAUAAACUUUAUGCAGAUAAGCCACACAAGGACUGCGAAGAUCCACGAGACGUGCAGGCCAUCUAUGUAGCCAAAGAGACCAUUGGAGACUUGAAACUUAAGACGGAUAAAAACUUCACCGUACCAAAGCACCUGCGAAUGAGUGCGGACAGAAAGAAAGCUGAGAUGAUUGAGUUGGAGAACAAGAUACGCGAGGAACAGACUGAGAUGAACACAGAGAUCUUGGCUUUGCGGGACUCAAAACUUCGCCUGAUAGCACAACUGCGGGCGCAAGCUCAGCAACUCCAGAGGAUCCAGGGUCCUUUACCGACUCAUCUCCACUGCCGUCCACCCUCUCUGCCCACCACACGACCGGAGGAAGUCCCAGACAAGGGCCAGCGUUGUAGCCCGGCUAUCCUGGACAAAUACAGGGUGCUGAGGGAGCAGAGGUUACAUAACACAGAGCAAGAGGAGCAGGAGGGAGGCAUAAGUGUGAUCGACGAGUUGGAACAAAAGAUGGGACAAAAUGUGUGUGUGUAUGUGGACGAUGAAGAAGAGGCCACGGGGGAGGAAGAAGCCGAGCUGACCAAAGAAGAGCUCCGGAAGAUGGAUCAGGACUCAUUGCUCAACAUGCGGGAUACUCUUCUGUGGCACAUGGAGAGCUCGGUGCAUCAGUUUGACAAGGAGCACCUGAUGUGUCUUAAGAAGGUCCAGAUGCUGGACUGGAAGCUGAAACUCGGCAACCUUCGUCAGCUGACGCUCUACCAGGAGCUGCUGCUCCUCAAGGAGGUGGACAAGAGUGAGAGGAUCCUGCAAGACAAGCUCAAUACACGUCUGAAGGAGGAGAACAACUUGAGGUCCAAACUGGAGGAGUAUCGGGAAGAGCUGGAACAGAAGCGUAAAGACAUAGCCAAGGUGCAAGAGAAAGAGAAAUGUUUGACCACCGCCUUCCAGACCGCGCUCGGCGACGACAACAACUUUGAGGAGUACCUGACCAAGGUUUUUAAGAAAAAGAUCAAACGUACCAAGAAAAAAGACCCGACGGGAAGUGACGAAGAAGACGAAGACAGCAAUGAUGACUUUGAUGAUUUUGAAAACUGGGACGACGAUGACGAUGAUGAUUGGGAUGGAUUGGAGGGUGAAGGUGCUGCGGAGGAGUGCCCUGCAGGCUGUGACCCAGAACUUUUUGAGCACAUACUUCAGCUGCGUGAACGACGAUUGGACCUUGAAGAACUAAUGGCAGACGAGAAGAAGUGUGCUGACCAACUGGAGAAAGAGUGUGACUCCUUGGUGAAGAAGAUGAAAUCGGUGAAGAUCAGUCGUAAGGCAGCAGAGGACGACUUGGAGCAACUCAACAGGGAAAAACAGCGGAAAAUGAACCAACUGGAUGUUGUGGUUCCUCUCAGGCUGCACCAGAUCGAGUUUAAGAUCGAUGUCCCGGAUCCUUCGGAUCUCGGCCCGGUGCCUUUGGAUCUGGGCUUGGCAUUGGUGCUCACCAGAACGGAGCUGAAACGUCUGCAGGAGCGAGUGAACGAGCUGGGGGUGGAGAAGAGUCAACAGAUGGAGGUGUAUCGUCAGGCACGUCAGCAGCAUAUCAGGCUGAUCAAAGAACGCAAGGACAUGAACUCUGACAUCCAGUCGCUGGAAAAGCUGUGUCACCAGUUGAUGAUGACAAGGUUUGGGAGAGAGGUGGAUUUGGAGAUUCUGCAGACGCUGUGCGUGAACAAAUCAGUUGGAGAGAUGAAGCAGGAAAAGAUCUAUCUAGAAGCGGCAAACGCCAAAGACAUUGCAGAAUGGGAUGUGAAAGUGGAAAAGGCCCGUGAGGUUCUAGUGGGGACGACAAGGAGCAACACGGACCGCCUCGGUUAUUUGAAUAGCCUCUAUGAGCAGAAGAAAGAGCUGCAACAGAAACUUUUCACAAGACAGAAGAAAAUUGGCAAGCAUCUCCAGGACUGCAACAGGAAAGCGGACAACGGUCAGCUAUGGAGUCUCCAGGAACUUGUGACCAAACAAGCCGAGCAAAUCGACAUGCUCACCAAACAGAUCACCUUAUUUGGACCCAAAGGAGGUCACAUGCUGCCCGCCUGCCACGUUCACCUGCCUCCACUCCCUCCUCGCAACACCCCCACUGUCCAGAAAAUCAACAGGAAACGGGGACAAGUCCAAACCGGAAAGAAGAACGAGGAUCCAACUGGGAGGCAGAAUAAUUAUUAAAAAAUAAGGACUAAAAAUCUUUGGGCACCGCGUGAUUCGAUUCGAUUCUUGGGGGCAACAAUUCUGUCAGGUUCAAACACUGAUGACAUCUAUUAAACAGGACAAGAAACAAAGAACAGAGACAGAAUUCAAUUUGGCUCAGUGAGGAGAAACGUCUGGACACUGUACCCUUGUACAGUGUCUCACCACGCUCCGCCAAAAGAUUGCACGCCGCCUCCUUUUAUUUGGACCUUCCCUGACCACAUGGCAACAGUUGCUUCCAAAGGGACGGGGGUCGUAAACAGCCAUCGCCUUUGAUUACAAAACAGUUCAAAAGAAAAAAUCGGUUUAAAAAAGAGGUCGCUUUUGUAGUUCUUGGGUCAGACAAUAUCUUUCUGUUGAUUACAAUACAUGAAAGAAACAGAAACCACUUCAUGUUGCUUCCCCCCCUACACAGUGGAGUUUUACAAGCCUUCUUGGUAGGUUCAAAGACAGCUUUUGGUCUUCUCGCCGGGAACUCAUUUCAACACAAAGUUUUUGUGAUAACUUAGAUAAAAUUAUUAUUUUAUUUGGACCUUUCCUGACCACAUGGCAACAGCUGCUUCCAAAGGGACGGGGGUCGUAAACAGCCAUCGCCUUUGAUUACAAAACAGUUCAAAAGAAAAGGUCGGUUCAAAAAAGAGGUUGU